CUCCAUACUCCUUCCUCUCCACAUCAUCAUUUUUCUCGAGUCACACCGCGUUUGUCUGAGCUCAUCGUGGUGCCCGCACACUCGCGACCAUGGCGGACAAUGGCGUUCAGGAUGACGAGGAUCUGUUCGCAGACCUCUACGACGGUGAUGACAGCGCGCAAGAGCCUACACAGAAGGCCGAGCCCGAGCCUGAGCCGCAGCUCGGCACACCACCCCAAGACUUCAGCGGCGGCGAUGAGCCCACCAUAGCCGCCGGAGAUGGCGGUGCUGCCGAAGCGAAGAAUGAAUACAACGAGGAGCCACAGUACAAUAAUCACGGCGGCAGCAUGGAUGGCGUCCAGAAUGAGUUCAGAGAUACCCCGGCGGACGAGAAGCCUAUAGGUAUAAAGGAGGAUGGAAAGAUGUUCAUUGGCGGUCUCAACUGGGAAACGACAGACGAAUCGCUGAAGCAGUACUUUUCGCAAUUCGGAGAAGUCGUAGAAUGCACAGUCAUGCGAGAUGGCGCCACCGGCCGCUCGCGAGGCUUCGGUUUCUUGACUUUCAAAGACCCCAAGAAUGUCAACACGGUCAUGGUCAAGGAGCAUUCAUUGGACGGCAAACUUAUCGAUCCCAAGCGGGCUAUCCCACGAGACGAACAGGAGCGCACAGCCAAGAUUUUCGUCGGCGGUGUCUCCCAGGAAGCAACGGAGGCCGACUUCAAGGACUUCUUCAUGAAAUUCGGCCGUGUACUUGAUGCUACCCUUAUGAUGGACAAGGACACUGGCCGACCAAGAGGCUUUGGCUUCGUCACGUUCGACUCGGAACUCGCUGUCGAACGCACACUGGAAGGCCCACUCGCGAUUCUUGGCAAGCCGAUUGAGGUGAAGCGUGCCCAACCGCGAGGCAAGAUGGGCGAGGAGGAGGCACCAAAAUCUAAAUGGCAGCCUCGAGGCCAGUUCGGCAACAACAACGGAGGUGUUGGAUUCGGCAACCAAAAUCAAAUGGGUGGCGGUGAUGUCAAUGCCAACGGUGGCAGUCAAGGCCCGAACAACAUGACUCCAGCAAUGAUGGCACAAUACUGGCAACGAAUGCAGCAAUACUUUGCGAUGAUGCAAGCACAGAACAUGGGCGGCGGAAUGGGCGGAAUGGGUGGCAUGAACCCCAUGAUGC